AACCUUUUCCACGGUAGGAGGGAUAUACGAGAGCUGUCGCACAACUAGGCUACUUCUUCCUCGACUUCUGUGGAAGACUGGAAAAUGGCCUAGUCGUGCCUGGAGGUGUUCUGCAGCUGUCAAAGACAUAAGCGUUUGUUAUAUGACGUGAAGUAUGCUGAAUUUUCAUGGAUUUUUAUGGCGGAAUCGUGUCUGAAGAUGAUGGGGAUUUCACCGAUUUGGCUGUCCAAUGUGUUUGAGACUGGAUGAAACAAGGGCUCUACCAGGAGCCCUUCCUGCUGAUUUACCUGCACUUACAAUAGAGGACCUCUGGGAAGGUUCACACGGCAUUUGGCAGGGUGGAGUUUCUUGACUCAUGGAGAAUUACUUCCAGGCUGAGGCCUUUAACCUGGACAAGGUGCUGGAUGAGUUUGAACAGAACGAAGAUGAAACGGACACACCGACACUCUCGGAUGCCAAGUGGACUCAGAUUCUGGCCCCACCGUCACACCUUCUAUCCCUGAACCCUGCACUUACCCACUCUGACCUCAGCUCAAAGGAAAGCCCUCUCAGCUUCAAGCCACUGCUAGAUGCACAGACCUCAGAUGGCUCCUCUUUGGCUGAGGUCACUAGGUUAGAGAGUAAGCAAGGGUUGGGACAACAGCCAGAGGGCAAGAGUGAGGACCGGACAGCAGAUGUUCACAGUCCUCCUCUGCCCCAGCCCAACAUUGGCAAGCUUGUGAGCACUGAUGGGCAGUUACCGGAGGUGCCCUCCUCCAACCAAGUGGCACUAGAAAACGGCUAUCUGUCUAGUCCUUAUCAUAGUUGUAGUAAUGAGGUGUGCCUCAAGGAUGACAGAAGUCAGCCUGUUACAGACCAGCAAAGUCUUGUGGACAGUGGUCCCCUCCUUAGAAAGGAGAAGAAUGGUAAUGUUGAAGAAAAGGGUGAUGGUUUUCAUGAGUUAUUGGUUCCUAAGGAUGGACCUGGACAUAUACAAUCAGUUUUGACGAAUGAUGUCUCAUCUGCUGAGAUGGAAGGAAGCAAGGAAGUCAGUGGUUCACCUGUAGGCGACCAGGAAGUUGGAAGAAGGGACUGUAAUUUGACAGUUCCAAAGGGAAGUAAUUCCAAGAAAGAAGAAACAGUAUUGCAAAAAACAUCCAAUGGUGAUGGAGAAGUGGAUUGUGAGAUAGCGUAUCAUGAAGGUGGCUUUCAAAAUGGUGGAUCGGUUGAGAAUGAAAGUGAAGGGAAAGAUGUCCGGGAAUUAAAUCAGGAUCAGAAAGUUAAAGUGCAAGAGAAGGACCAAGAGGUAAUGCAUAAAGACUCAGUUGCUGAAUCCCCAAGGGCAGAGAUUUCACCCUCCAAUGGUUUGAUUGUGGACCUUUAUAAAGAUGGACACAACCAGGCUCUGGUCUCUUCAAAGGAGGAUUCUGUUACAGAGGAAAAGGAGAUGGAAGAGAGCAAACAGGAGUGCAGUGAUUCAGUUCGGGGUUCAGAGGCUGGCAGAACAACCAAACUCAACAACAGCCGGCUGCAGCCUGUUAGCGUGCCCUAUGGCGGCGCCCGACCAAAACAGCCUGUGAGUCUAAAACUGCAAAUUCCUCAGCCUCUGUUGAGUCAAGUACAGAAUGAAUUUGGCUCUGCUGGCAAGAACAAGAACCUGGAGCCACUGUGUAGGACUGGAGACCGUGAAUCAUUGGGUGGAGAAACAGAGUCUGGAGUGGUUAGAAUAAAUGGAGAGACUGGAGAUGCUUGUUCGGGUAUCCUCAUCCCUUUUGAGACUCCUGACAAUGACCUCCAGGCAGGUCAACAGCGAGUCCUCUCACGGAAACCUUUCAGCUCUUUAGGUGAAGUGGCCCCUGUGUGGGUUCCUGAUUCUCAAGCACCCAUCUGCAUGAAGUGCGAGGUCAAGUUCACCUUCACUAAACGAAGGCAUCAUUGUCGGGCUUGUGGUAAGGUGUUCUGUGCUGCUUGUUGUAGUCUGAAAAGCAGGCUGAUGUAUAUGGACAGAAAAGAGGCGAGAGUUUGUGUGACCUGCCACCAUGCACUUAUGAAUGCUCAAGCAUGGGAGAAUACGGGAGGUGGUUGCAACCAGAGCCCAAAUCCCAACAAUCCAUCAGAGUAUUGCUCCACUAUUCCCCCUCUUCAGCAGGCCCAGGCAUCAGGAGCUCUCAGUUCCCCUCCACCAACAGUCAUGGUGCCUGUUGGUGUUCUCAAACAACCAGGCACUGAUGGUUCAGUUCCUCGGGAGCAAAGAAGGGUUUGGUUUGCAGAUGGAAUUCUACCCAAUGGGGAAGCUACUGACUCUUCUAAUGAGCCUGCCCCAAACCCCAAACCUUCACAACCUGCGGCUGUGCCACAGUGCUCAAGCAGUUCUUCAGUAGCCAACACUUCUGAGGUGGACCACACCCCUGGAGCCCCGACCACAAGCCCUGUGGGCAGCUCCCUCAGCCUGAUCCCCGAGGACGGGCUUCCUCCCAUCCUAAUCUCCACAGGCGUCAAAGGAGGUACGGGAGGCCACAUCACAGACUAUGCAGUGGAGGAGAGACCUUCUGAGAUUCUGCUUAUGCAGCAGCUUGAGGAGGGAGGUCCUGAUCCUCUGGUGUUUGUUCUUAAUGCAAACCUGCUGGCCAUGGUCAAACUGGUCAACUAUGUAAAUAGGAAAUGCUGGUAUAUGACAACAAAAGGUAUGCAUGCUGUUGGCCAGGCCGAGGUUGUAGUGCUUCUGCAGUGUCUACCUGAUGAGAAAACCAUUCCCAAGGACAUCUUCAGCCACUUUGUACAGCUCUACCGGGAGUCUCUCACAGGAAAUGUGUUAAGCCACCUGGGCCACUCCUUUUUCACUCAAAGCUUUCUGGGCAGCAAGGAGCAUGGUGGAUUCCUUUACAUCAGCCCCUCCUUCCAGUCCCUGCAGGACCUGCCGUUGCCUAACCCACCCUACCUCUUUGGCAUCCUGUUGCAAAAAUGGGAGACCCCCUGGGCCAAGGUCUUUCCCAUCCGGCUCAUGCUUCGCCUAGGGGCAGAAUAUAGAUUCUACCCCUGCCCUCUGUUUAGCGUCCGCUUCAGAAAGCCCUUAUUUGGAGAGACCGGUCAUACCAUUAUGAACUUAUUGGCGGAUUUCCGUAAUUACCAGUACACAUUGCCAUUGGUGAAGGGGUUGGUGAUAGACAUGGAAGUGAGGAAAACGUGUAUCAAGAUACCCAGCAACCGUUACAAUGAGCUGAUGAAGGCAAUGAUUAAGUCAAAUGAGCAUGUUUUGGCAAUGGGAGCAUGCUUCAAUGACCGGGCAGAUUCCCACCUGGUGUGUGUACAGAACGACGAUGGUAACUACCAGACGCAGGCCAUCAGUAUUCAUCACCAACCGCGCAAAGUGACUGGUGCUUCAUUCUUUGUGUUCAGCGGGGCUCUGAAGGCCUCAUCUGGAUAUGUGGCUAAGACCAGCAUUGUUGAAGAUGGCGUGAUGGUACAGAUUACAGCUGAAACUAUGGAGGCUCUGCGGCAAGCGCUGAAAGAGAUGAAAGAUUUUAGUAUUGUCUGUGGAAAAGCUGAUCAAGAAGAGAACCAGGAGCAUGUGCAUAUCCAGUGGGUUGAGGAAGACCACAAUGUUAACAAGGGGGUCAUCAGUCCCGUUGAUGGAAAAUCUAUGGAGUCAGUCACCAGCGUUAAGAUCUUCCAUGGCUCCGAGUAUAAGGCCAACGGGAAAGUCAUACGAUGGACAGAGGUGUUCUUCUUACGAAGUGAGGACCAGAGUGAUCCAGCAGACCACAGUCGUCUCGCUGAAAAUGUUGCAAGGGCUUUUUGCAUGGCCCUUUGCCCUCACCUUAAACUUCUCAAAGAGGAUGGAAUGGCCAAACUAGGUCUGCGGAUCACACUGGACUCUGAUCAGGUGGGCUACCUGGCAGGUAGCAACGGUCAGCCGCUGCUUCCCCAAUACCUGAGCGAUUUAGACAGUGCCCUCAUCCCUGUGAUACACAGCGGGGCUUGCCAGCUAAGCGAGGGGCCUGUGGUUAUGGAGCUCAUCUUUUACAUCCUGGAGGUCAUCUCCUAAAAGGAUAGAGUCCCUUUUCUCUUGCUCUCCUCUCUCUCAUUUGCACUUGAAAGAGCCUGAAAGCUGUGCAGGAAAACAUCCUCCAUACCACCUAUGCACCAUCUCCACUGGGACCUCUGAAUGUGGUGCUCUCUUUCGUUUCUCCUCACUUCUCAACUCCACUGUGGAAACCAUAGGCCCUGAUGAGUGGCAAACUGGAAUCAGAUCUCUGCAAAACAUAUUGUAGCAACAUUGAUCUCCUAAAACACUAGAGGGCGCUCUUCACUCUCAGCUCUAUUGGAAAGACUCCUGAAAUUGAAAGACUGAGGACCUGGAAGGGUUUGGACUGUGGUGCACGGUUCCAGCGCCUUAAUACAAACAAAGAACGGAUUCCUACGAGUUUCGGUCUCACCUUUAAGCUUUAUGAAUCACCAGAUGCUUUAUUUCAUAAAUAUGGACCUCCUUUUGUUUUUGGAUUUUGUUGGUGGAAAUAUUGCUCCAAAGCUAAUAUGAUGUAGCCUCAUCAGAGAUGGACUGCAACAAAAGAUUGUGGCACCGUAGUAGGGAUGAUACAUGUUACUAAUGUCAAGAACGGACCUCUGUAACAAACAAAACUCUUCGACUUAAUAAAAUUGAACAAUAACAUCAAGCGGCCUUCAGGAUUUCGACUACAGCUUCAAGAACCACAGAAUGGCAGGUUUGGCACGAAUGAAGCUCUCCGAACUUUAUGCAGUGUAUUGAUCUAUACAUCAUCUGUGGUCGCUGUAUUCAGCAUCCUUUCCACCUUAGCCCAUCUCAUUUCUUCUCCAACCUUUUCAUGUUUAUAUAAUGUUCUCCUCCCAGUGUUUUCAAAAUGUUGUUGUGGUUGGAAUUAUGUAAUGAAUAGAUGUAAAAAGCAAUGCAGUGCACUGGAUAUGAAGCCAUUAUUAGGAACGAUGAGGAACACGAAGACUAACAUUAUAUAUUCUUGAAAGAUUGACUCCAUGUUAAUUUAAUCAUGAUAUAACAGGUUGGCAUGUGCUUUCUAAGCCUUAAUUAUUUCAGUUUGGGGGUCAUUAACUCCAUUGAUUUUUUUCACAGUGUUGAAUGAUGUGUUGCGUCCUUAAACAGACCUUUUAUGGAGCUGCUAAGAGCGUUUAUUAAUAUGCUUUAUAUGAGCAGAAACCUGCAGGACCUGCCUUGUAAAAAAUGGCCCAUCACUGUAUGGCGUUUUAGUUUGCUGUCUUUUACUGACAUUAUGUGUUAUAAAUUAUAUAAAGGGUUUCAUGAGAAUAGCACUCACUUCGUAAGCAGGAGUAAUUCAAUUAAUAUUUAAUUUGGAUCUUGUUUAAUAAUACAGGCAGGCACUCACCAAAAAUCCAACACAAGGGGCUCUUUAUAUGCACUGUAUGGAUCACACAUGUCAAUACUUUAAAAUGUAAUGAAUGUACCCAAAAGUCAAAUAAAGUUAUUGUCGAUCCUACGCUCUGAAAAUGGCCAAGUUAUUUUUGACCUAUAAUGGGUAAAUAUUAGACAGAACACAUGCUGGGUUUAAAAUGACCCAAUGUUCGGUUGUUGUUAUGCAACCGUGGGGUAUAACUACCCAGCAUUAGGUCAAUUUUAACCUAGCGGUGUGUUCUGUCCAAUAUUUACCCAUUAUGGGUCAAAAUUAACCCAGCCAUUCAAGUUAAACUGUAAGACACUGUGAUUGGGUGUUUUAACUAUAAAUAUAAAGCCCUGUCUAGUUAAAUAGCAAGAAUUAUACAUGAUAUUGAUAACAAUAGUACACUAGUCAACAUUCGAAGUGGAUCAAAACCAUUCAUAAACGUUGUCUUAAAACAAAUACCCAAUACAUAUUCUUGUCUUGUCAACUUUAAUCUUUUGAAAUAUUAACUUUUUGAUCCACUUCAAAUGUUGACUAGUAUAUUUUGACAAUGACAAUCAAAUUGUAGCUAAUCUUUCAGUCGGAUUACACCACUGGACAGAAAGUAAAGGUGCUAUUAUGAUUUUCAAUAGCAAUGUUGAAUAUGGUUUAAUCGGAAACCCUGAGCUCAGUGUGGUGCAGGAUGUUAAAUGAGGACAGCAGGUGAACCUCAUGGAUCUAUUUUAGUUGGUCAGUGGUACAGAGAUAAAUCAUUUGUUGUAUUGACAGCUUUGGACCGUUCAUUAAAAAUAAAUGGCAUUUCAGGAAGGUUACAUCGUCUUCCACAUGCAUUUCAAACCACAUCUUUGUUAGUCUUUGCAUCCACCUUUGUUUUUAUUUAUUUCCAGAUGUGCAGUAUUGUAUUACCUAAAACCCAGUCUUUGUUUUGUUGAUCACAGACAUGAACUAGUUUUAGUUCUCUGAAAACCUUUUGGAUUCUGAUGUUUCGGUAGAUGGGUGGGUGGAUCUGCUUUCAAGGACAUAUUUGUACAAUCCAUUCAGAUUCACUUUGAUCUGUGAUUAAACUGACAUGGGCAAAAUGGAAAUAAUUUGCAAUGUAUAAGAAGCCAAAAAGAAAUGAAUAUACAUCUUUUCUUUAUUGUACACUACAAAUGUCAAUAAAAGCAGUCUUUAUGAAACCUGUUGAAUAUAUAAAAA